UAUUUUCCGGAUUUUAACGAAAACUCACGAAUGCCACGUUAGCAAGCAAACGUGCUAAUACGAGUGACCAUAUUCAGAGUUUUAUCGAGACUUUUGUGCAAGAUGGAUGUAUUGCAUGUAUUGUCCGUUUUGAUUGUUUUGACAGUUGUUUCAGUAGAUUCGCUCAUGUUUCACUUGGGCGCAAAUCAAAAGAAAUGCCUUAAAGAAGAGAUUCAUAAAGAUGUUUUGGUAACCGGCGAAUAUCAACUCUCAGAUGUGCCAGGUCACAAAACACAGCUUCUGGUGACAGAUUCCAAGGGCCAUAUUCUUUAUCAGAAAGAUGAUGCAAAGAAAGGAAAGUUUGCUUUCACAACAGAGGAGUAUGACAUGUUUGAAAUCUGCUUUAACAAUAGAAUGCCAGGUGGUGGCCAGAGUCCAGAUAGAGAGGUUUCCUUGGACAUGAAACAUGGAGUAGAAGCUAAGAGCUAUGAUGAGCUAGCUAAAGCAGAAAAGCUGAAACCAUUGGAAGUAGAGUUGAGACGAUUAGAAGAUUUAUCAAAGUCUAUUGUAGAUGAUUUUGAGUACAUGAAAGCCAGAGAAAAAAUGAUGAGAGACACUAAUGAAUCCACCCACUCCCGUGUGAUGUACUUCAGUAUCUUUUCAAUGUGCUGUCUACUUGGACUAGCUACAUGGCAGGUGCUCUAUCUGAGGAGAUUUUUCAAGGCCAAGAAACUCAUUGAAUGAACACACAACAAUAUAGGACUAUUAGGAACAUUUUUAUUUAUUUUGCUUCUGGGGUCAUUUUUUACUAAAAUUCAAGAGCAAAUUCUUAUUUUUGGGAUUGGUUUAUAUAGUAAUUUAUAUCUAUUUUAGAUGUUAAAUUUUGUAAUUGGAAUAAAGAAUAUUUAAUUAUUGAUUGAAAAUGAUUUUUUUUAAUCUUUUUUUUUCUCCCUCGAAAUUAGCUUUAAUAAAUUAUUUUUGCCUACUCCAAAAUUAUGAGAAAGUUUUUGCGAUUUAAAAUUGUCAAAUUAUGUGACAUUAAAAAUGUUUCAUUUUGAUCUAUGAUGAGGCAACUACAUGUAAAUAAACAUGUUGAAAGAAGUGUAAGUUUAUUCACAAGUUUGAAAAUGUGCAUAGUGAUCUUUUGUGAGAGUGUGUAUGUUCUAUGAUGAACCAAAGGUGUUCCCAUUCAAAACAUGUACAUAUGAUGUAUUUUAACAAUAUUUGAUGAAAGUUUCACAUACUAGAAUCACUUUUGUUGAAUGUAAAUCACAGAAGAUUAAGUUUUGUUAUUUGCAUAUUUUAAUCAGUCCUCGUAAUUUUCACUCAUUGUGUGAAAUGUGCUGAAAUACUUGCUAGCCAGGAUGAUCAAUUUUUCAGUUUAAAAAUUGCAAUAUUUAUCAACCCUGAUAAAAGUUGCUUGUUUUAAAGUUUAAGUGCAUAGUAGGAUUGAAUAUUCUUAAACUUUUCAUAAGUUAUGAAGAUAUAAUGAUAGAAAAUUAAUGCAAGUUUUAUCUAACAAUAUUACCAGGUUUAACAUAUUGUAGAAUAAAGAGGCCUGGACUGAUCUCUGUGUAAAUACAUGUAUAUGUAUAAGAACUACAUGUACUGCUUCUUUAUUAUUUUUUUUUUUUUGAUGUGUAAUCAUUACUGUUUGGUUGUUCAGGGUUUAGAUUAUUUAUUUCUCUUUAUAUACAACACUUUAACUGGUAAUUUCUGCAGGUUGAAGUUGCAAUUUCACUCUUCAAAAUGACAUUUUUAGAAAUGAAAACUUUCUUUGACAAAAAAUUCCAAAAGAAUUUUAUGCAAUAUUGUUCGGCACUUAAUAUUUUCUAGAACUUUGAAAAUAGCAGAAAUUGCCAGUGAAAUUUUAAAAAGGAAUUAUAAAAUAGCUAUUUUUGUACUAUGGGUUUAUUUAGAGUGAUUGUUUACAUUCCUUUUAGUUCCCAAACAUAAUACAUGUACCCUUAUAAAACUUGAAUGUUUAAAAUAAAAGUUUAUCCAGAAUGUUUGACUUUAUGAGAGGCAUAUAGAAUGCAAGUCUUUGAUGUGUUUUCUCGACUCAUUUUUUCAGUUUAAUGAUUUUGUUUCAAUGAAUAUUUAUAAACAAUCUGUCAUCUUUUAAUAUUGUUACUUGAAAUGAAUAAGUGUGUGAUGAAUGUUUUGUGUAAGUAGUUAAACAACAUCAAGUAUCUGUGAAAAGUUUUAUCAAUGAAUGAUAAAAGUUUGAUGUAAAAACAUUA